AUGCUGGCAAGGCAAGUUAAGCAAUUUGAAAAUGCUGAGGAACAGAGGCUGCUUGCACUUGCAGCUGCGUAUGGAAUUGAGAUGUCUCCUGAAGCAAACCAUUAUACCCAUCUGCCGAUUUCACUAUUGCCAACUCCUUUCCCUGCAGAGCAAUUCAACAAACUUAAAGACCUCUCUGAGGAGUUUAAUCUUCUGAUGUACAAAGUGCACUUGGACAGAGAGUGGCUCUAUAAAGUGCUUGAAGAUAUUUGCAGAGAGGAUGAUUAUAUUAGGAGGCUUGUGGAAAUUUCUAAAACUGCUCAUGAAAUCGGAAACCAACAAAAGAUUUUUCUAGGCCUAAACAGAAAUGAUUUCAUGUUGGAUGUCCCUACAAAUAGGUUCCAACAGGUAGAGUUUAACACUAUGAGUGCGUCUUUUGGAGGCUUAAGUAGUAAGCUGUAUAAACUUCAUAGGCUGAUUUUAAGCCAAUAUAAAAGCUACUUUGACCCUGAAGUUGACCCACAAAAGGUGCUGGAGACUCAUUCAAUGAAUAGACUGGCAGAGGGAUUGGCAACUGCUAGCAAUCUGUAUGGCAAUAAUGUCUCAGUAAUCUUUUUGGUUUUGCCAUUUGAGAUGAAUUACUUUGACCAAACCUGCCUUGAAAUUGAGCUGUGGGAAACUUACUCAAUUCCGGUAAUAAGAGCAACAUUAAGUGAUGUAGCAACUCAUGGCCAUAAAAGAGAAGACGGAGCCUUAAUUUAUAAAGAUAAAGAAAUUUCAGUAGUUUACUUCAGAGCUGGAUACUCCCCAGAUCACUAUCCAACUGAAUCUUAAUCUUAAUUAAUCUAUACAUGUUUGACGUCAUCUACCAGGUUGCUCGACCACAGCUACCUCCAUAACGUCUCUGGGACGAUUUCGUGCCAUUUUGCUCGGGCCCUAGCCACCUCCAACUUUGAUUUUCCAAAAGAGGAGUCUUUAAGUUAAGGUUUCGAUGACUCUUCUUUGAUCUCAGUACUUACUUAAACGCACCCCCUAAAUGUCCCAGAUUUCACCACCUGGGCCAAGUGGUAUCCUUCUAGAAAAUUCCAUUCUUUAGGUCAAAAGUCUGCUAGGAAACACCAUCAAGCUCUCGAUUCCUGACAUAGCUGGGAUAAUUCCACCAGGGUAAGCCAAGCCUGAUAAUUAAAAUAUGCAAAAGAUGAAUUUUCGGCCAGAAGACCAAAAUUUCGAGCAACGCCAUAUUUUAAUUAUUCUAUUCAACUGAAUCAGAGUGGCAAGCUCGAGAACUUAUAGAUACUAGCAAAGCUGUAAAAUGCCCUAAUAUAGAUUAUCAUUUAGCAGGCUCUAAAAAAAUCCAACAAGAAUUAGGAAAACCAGAAGUUUUAUAUAAAUAUGUAGACCCACAGAUCGGAGUCAAAUUAGCUGAUCAUUUCACUGAUUUAUGGGGCUUUGAUUCCCCAUUAUCUCAAGAGUUAUUAGCAGCUAUAAGAAGCAACCCACAAGAUUAUGUAGUAAAACCACAGCGAGAAGGAGGUGGGAAUAAUUUUUAUGGAGAAGGUGUCGUAAAAAUCCUUGAAAACUACGAAAACGAUCAAAAUAUUCAAGAGCAUAUGAAGCAGUAUAUCCUAAUGAAAAGAAUCAACCCAGAGCCAAAAGAAAAUUUAUUAUCAAGAAAAGGAGUUGUCAAUAGAGUGCAGACUUUGAGCGAAUUGGGAAUGUUUGGAGUUCUAGUAGCUAAUGGAGAAGAGAUAGUGACUAAUGUGUAUGGGGGAUAUUUAUUGAGGACAAAAUCUAAAGAUGCUAAUGAAGGUGGUGUUGCUGCUGGAUAUGGAGUUUUAGAUUCCAUUUACCUUGAUUAA